AUGCUUCGAGAGUUUGUGACAGCUGUGCAAGCGCACCCAGGGACCACCAUAGCGAUCCUUGGCAUCGCGGCAGCACUCGCCUGGGCUGGACUCGUCUGGCACAAGGCAUCUCGCGAGCUGAAGUUGCCCUUUUUGCGCUUCGAGGAUGGCGAUGACUCGCGCCAGCGCUACAUCACCGACAGCGGCACUUUGUUCAAGGUUGGCUAUGAAAAGUACCUCAGAUAUGGACAGGCCUUCAAGAUGCGCAACUACAUCGAUGAGCUGCCCCCUCAGGUUUACCUGCCUCUCAAGUAUCUCGACGAGGUCAAGAGUGCGCCGCAAGCCAAGCUCAGCUUUCCCUACUUCUCGCUGCUGCUCAGCAUUAACAGGCCCGCAGACUGGCAAUCGGUGAAUCCGUAUCCCAUAUUUUCCUACAUCAUUGCCCGGCUGGCAGCAAAAACUACCGGGUCAGCCGAGCUCUCCCGCAACGACGAGUGGCUCGGCAUCAUGAUCAGCGUCACCCAGACCUCCAUGGGGGCCGCCCACGCGUUGCGCGCAUCGUGGCCGUGGUGGACGCGCUGGCUAGCUCGCUAUGUCUUCCCACCUGUGAAAAAGGUGCUCGCAGAUCGAGCCCGCGCAGCCGAGAUCCUGCGUCCGAUUUUGGAGGAGCGCGUCGCGACCCUGCAUGCCGACGACGGAAAGACCGAGAGGCCCAACGACGGCAUACAAUGGUUGGUCGAGUAUUAUCACGCCAGGGGCAGAGGUGCUCUAUUGACUCCUGACCUGCUCGCGCAAAACCAACUGUUCUAUGCCAUGGCCGCCAUACACAGCAGCACGGCCAUUCUGCUGUCCGUCUUGUACGACCUGAUUGAUGAGCGCCAUGAGCACAUCAAGGCAGAGCUUAUCGAUGAGAUUCAGCAGGUCCACAAGGAAUUUGGCAGUUGGUCGCGUCAAGCCGUGUCGAAGCUUGUCAAGCUGGAUUCAUUCAUGAAAGAGAGCCAGCGGAUACACUAUGUUGGUCAUGCCCGGGUCACACGUGCCGCCAAGGUCCCCUACACCUUCAAGGACGGGCUACAUCUCCCAGAGGGUACCAUGAUCCAGUUCCUGCACAGCGGCCCGCUGCGAGAUGCCGACUUCUUUGAAGACCCCGAGACCUUCGACCCGUGGCGCUUUCUCAAGAAGCGGCAGGAGGGCGAUCCCAACAAGUUCCAGUUCGCCAGCUUGUCCGACGUGGAGACGACCUUCGGCGCUGGAUUCCAUGCCUGCCCUGCUCGCAACUAUGCGUCCGACGUUAUGAAACUGGUACUCGUCUAUCUGCUGACGAAGUACGACAUCAAGUACGACAGCGAUACCCAGAGGCGCCCACCGGAGAUGGCCCAUGACAGUGCUACCAUGCCGAGCCUGGCAACACAGAUCUUGUACCGGGACAAGAGCGUGUCUCGAGGGCAACCAACAGCUAGCACAGCGUAGACAGCUAUAAGUACGGG